AUGUCGAAGAAGCAGGAAUAUAUUGCAAAAAUACGGUAUAGAAAUGACUUACCCCCUCCUUUGCUCCCCCCAAAGCUGCUUAACUAUCGAUACUCACCAAGCGAGGCCGUGAACUCAGGUAAACUUAUUACGUCGUUGUACACCAAAACAAAUGUAACGCCACUAGUCAAGCUGAAUGAUGAUUUGGGCAUGCCUAUGGACCUUAUGGAGCUUCCUGGGUUACUAGAUCACAAAGACACUAAGCUUCUGCACGGAUUUGAUAAUAUCAAGCUUCAUCCAGAUGACAGAGUUCUGCUGAGAGACCCAAGGGUUGAUAUACUAACGAAAACGGACAUGUCCAAGGUGACCUUUUUGAGAAGAACCGAGUAUGUCUCAAGUUCCCAAACGGCCAAGCCAUCUACCAAAAAGAGAGUGGCAGCAGAGGCGUUAGAUGUUGAUGACGAAGUUUUAGAGCCUUCACAGCGCGUCAAGCGGAUAGAGAACACUUUUGAUCCCAUAACGGACGACCUCUCCAAAAUUAAACACCCAUCGCGGAAAAACUUACAAGCCGUUAGGACAUGGGAUUUGCUGCCGGAUACUGCUGCCAUGGACCAAACGUUUUUUACGGUACGUUUCAUUGGGUCUGCCGCUUUGGACAAUAAGGAAAAAGAGCAGUUGGCGAUGUCGACUGCCUUAUUCAGACCCGUCGAACUGGAGGAAGACGAAUGGGUGUCACUGUACACUACUGAUAAGUCUAGUUCGACCGCUUAUGAGAACAACUUGGAGCAGCAAAUUGAUGAGAUUGUUGACGACGAUAAAGCUUACGAGUUCAAGCGCUUAAGAGAUUUCGACAUGAAACACCAACAGCCUGAAGGCACGGAUCUUUUCAGCGAACUGGCUUUGCGUUUUAACAAUGAGAAGAAGGCCAUUUACUAUACUCCUAUACGGUCCAGGAUCGAGUUGCGGAGGCGGCGCAUCAACGAUGUCAUCAAACCCUUGGUGCGUGAGAACAAUUUGGACCAGAUCAACAUAAAAAUCAGGAAUCCAACAACACAAGAAACUCGCUUUAGAGACAGUAUCAGAAUGAAAUUCGACCCUAUAGAUUUCCCCAACAUCGAAGAAGAAGAAGAUGAGGAAACGAACCAAGAGAGUCAAAACAGAGAAAGUAAUCUGUUGGAGAAGGGGGAUGAAAUCCAGCAAGAUGGCGAGCUGAAAUCAUUCGUUCCAGAAAGUGGGCUAGACUCGGAAGCCAAGCAAGACGAUUCUCGUGAAGCCUCUACGGCAUCUGGAACAGCCCCUGUCGCUUAG